UUCUCAAUAACAAGUCAAAGACGGGUUUAGUGGUGGAAGCAUUUAGUUUCUCUCAUUCUCUAUACUCACCAAAUUCUUAUACCAUCAUCAUCAUCAUGGAAGAGGAUGCUGCUACUACUCCAAAUGCUAACGAUAGAGACAGCAAGUUCAUAAUAAAAUCUGUUAAAGAAGCAUAUGAAGCUGUUGAAUCUGGUGAUGGAUACCCAUAUGGUGCACUGAUUGUUCGAAAUGAUCAUGAAGUUGUUGUAAGCACUCAUAACAUGGUUUUAAGAAACAAAGAUCCCACUGCUCAUGCUGAGAUCACUGCUAUAAGGGAGGCUUGUCAAACGCUGGAUCGAAUUUCCCUAGCUGACUGUGAACUAUAUGCUUCUUGUGAACCUUGUCCAAUGUGCUUUGGUGCUAUUCAUUUUUCAGAUAUUAAGAGAAUGGUUUAUGGAGCCUCAGCAGAAGUGGCAGGAUCAAUUGGAUUUAGUAAUUAUAUUGGCACGGGCACUGAUUUUCAUCGGUUCGAGAUCAAAAAGAUAGAUGGUAUUGCUGCUGAAAUUGCAGAAGAAGUGUUUGAGAAGACAAAACAAUCGCUUUAACCAUCAUGGUAAAAGAGUAUACAAGUUACACUUGUUCAGGAAAAUCCAGUUUACUAUCAGAAAGAACUAUUUAAGUUGUUUUAAUUAAAACUACUUCUUGGGUGUUAUUAUAGUAGAACAAGUGAAAUAUUAGCAGCAUAACAAAUAUGUGUGCCUCAUCGUUAAUAUGUUUGUGGACUCCUUUGAGAAUUGAUGACUACAAUAAAGAUGCACUUACUAUUGUUAGUAUUAAUGUUUUCUUGUUGAGUAUUGUAUGUUUGACUUGAGGUAAUACAAAAAUGAUCGUUGAUGCUUAAAUUUAUGAA